AGGUAAUGUAUUGAUCUGCUUUCAUUUAUGCUGCGAAGGUCAUACGUGACGUUUUGCCACUGAUCAAUUGCAUUUAACAGGUAUCUCUGUUUAGCCAUGAAAACAAAGCUAUAAUAACCAGGAAUGAAUGCAAUCUUUGAGAUGAGAUAAUAUUUGGUUUGUAACCUCUCCACCUUUUACAACAUGGCCAUGGGUCACCUAGCGAAAUUGCGCAUAUCAUUUGUGCUGUGUAUACUUAUAUCCUUUGUGUUCCUGGCCUUGAAAAUGCUUUAUAGUUAUGACACAGUGAAGACAACCGUGCAUGGUACGCCUAAAAGGAUGAACGUCCAACAAUUUCAGACAUUCAUGGAUGAUAGAAACACAGCAACCAAGGAGUUUGACUCAGUAGUGACAACCCCAAAAGAUGGUCUGGGUAAUCUCACAACAAAAACAGCAAUACCGAUACCAGAUGUUGCGAUUACUUCAACCGUUGCGAACUCAACCCAAGAAGUAUUGACGGGUGAUGCUGUGCCAAUCAAACAAAGCCCAGCUUCACAAUCAGAAAAAGACCACCCAUCAAAACCCAAAACGAAAGACCAAUUACAACACGAAAAGGAUGACUCUGUUACACCAUCGUCAAGAUAUCCAAUUUUACAAGAAACUCAGACGAAGAAAGCAGCUCCAUUAACAGACGAGAUUAAAUCCACAACAGUAUUUAUGCCGGUAGCUUUUGGCCCAAGUGAACAGAAUUUUGUGAGAAAAGUGGAACUUUUCCUGAAAGAGAAUCAAUUAAAUCAAGCUGAAAGAGACGCUAUAAUGGAUAUCAUUUACCGUGCAAAGUCAAGGACGCCGGAUUGGAAAGCAAAAGAAAAAGAAAGUUUACAAGAUGGUCAAUUUUUAUAUUACCUGAAAUGCCCUAACUCGGUUCGAAAAAAGAUGCUUACGAAUCCAUUUACUCAACACAAAUUCGUCCCAGAAACCCCUGUUUUGGCUUGGAAUGAACAUUACACUCCUGGGGAAUACGCCCGACUUGCUAAUUUCUUUGGAAUUUUUGGCUGGAAAGAUUCCAAAGAAUCAGACAUUGCCUCUUCACUGACGAAACUGGAUUCUCCCAACAACAGGUAUCUGUUCGAUAACUACUUAGUCAAUGAUAACAUUCCCAACGACGCUAGGUGCAUUACGUGUGCGGUGAUCGGUAAUGGAGGUAUCCUUAAAGGCUCUAAAAAAGGCAAAGAGAUUGAUGCUAACGACUUCGUCUUCAGAGUGAACACUGCUUUAACUGAAGGUUACGAAGAAGAUGUGGGAAACAGAACCUCUUUCUAUUGCUUUGGGAUGAUAACAUUGUCAAACACAUUAGCAAUGGGAUGGAAGACGAAGUUUACCCAACCCCCCGAUGAUGAGGGCAUUCGAUAUGUGUUUUUUGCUGACAGCUACUGGACUUACACUUACCUUGCGUCAGUGUUACAUGGCGACGGUGGGACUGUCAUUGAAGGAAGAUACCCAGUCCGAUUUCCAAAGACACUGAACGCUACAGAUAUCAAGUUGGUCCAUCCAGACUUUGAGAGAUAUCUGAAAUGGAGCUGGGUAAACUCGACCAGGCAACGAAAUCCAAUUCACCGACCAACAACUGGUGGAAUAAUGCUUUUGUUAGCGUUGCACACCUGUGAUGAGGUCAAUGUGUAUGGUUUCGGGGGAAGCUACGAGAAAUUUUCCGAUCACUAUUAUGACAAAUCGUAUGUAAAACACACAACCUUCAUAAACCACGACGAUAGUGCAGAAAAAAGGCUGUGGAAAAAGUUAAAUGAGCUUGGAAUCAUUAAUUUGUAUACUUAGAACCUUGCAGAAUCUUUUUUAUACACGUGAAAGACUUUGCUGGGGUCCAAAUGUUCAGCUCACUAUUACUUUAUGUAUCUGUAGCCAGAUUGCAAGUUGAGCAGUUUUUGUUUUGCUUCUUACGAGAAAUGUUUUUAAGCACGGUAUCAAAAUGCGGCGUUAAGCAAUAUUCAAGAGGUCCAUUUAGAUAUCUAACCAGUAGUGUAAAUGUGAUGAAAUUUCUAGAGGGGGCGGGGUGCAUUUUCCAAGGGUCAUUAAAAGCAUAUGAACUGCUAUAACAGAUGUUGCUCUUUCAAGAUUUAAAACCCAGGGGCGACAAACAUAUUUUUUUUUUAUAUAAGCCUAUAUAUAUCUAGUUAUGGAACAGCAGUACCCGAGACACAGAACGAAAUAAUACUAUAUGGGUGGCUUGUCAUUGUUCUGAUUUGGAUUUCAGGGGUAUUUUUAUUACUAGAUUAAAUAUUUAAUGUUCAUUUUGAAUCUACUCUAAAUAUUAUUAACCAGUUAUAACAGUCAUGCCCAGUAUCUGUUAAUUAACUGAAUUUAAGGAAGCUACACUUUCAAAGUAAAAUAAGUUUGUUAAAGUGAAACAGCUUCAACCAAACUUGUGCAAUUUACCUCAGUCAUUUUGUGACAAAGUUCUGAUCUUACUUUCUGUCAGAUCAACCGAGAUUAAAUUAUUUUCCUACGUGGAGGGUAAAACCUGUAUCAGUUCACGGAACACUGUAAGGUGAAGAAAGUUCGCAGCAACAAGGUCAAAUAUAGAAAUUAAUAUACAUUUAUAAUUUAUUUCCUGAGCACAAAUCACCGGGAUAGGUGCGUAUUGUCUUAAGUAAGGCAAUGAGUUAAUCAAUUUACAAUACACAGUUUGUGUCUCUAGUAAAUUAACCAUAAAUUUGUAAUGGUCACUCGAUCGUCACCAAUAAUGCUGUUUCUGAUUCCAACAAGUUCACAAAUAUUCAUGUGGCCGAACUACGUACGUCAUGGAGCAAUGCUGAGAACGGCUGUUUAAUUAAGGUAAGUUAUUAAAUUAGACUUUACAAUUCAGCAAAGAUUCAAGCACUUUAUGCGAUAGUCUCUUUACACAGUCUACUCCUUCUUUGAAAUCAAAAACUGUGCAGAGCAUCGCUAAGGGAACCAGGAAACACAAAUGCUUUUAUAAAUUUUACUAAACACCCUUGAGAUUGCAUCUUAGGGUUUCAAUUAACCUGAUUUAAAAUUUUUGUUUUUCAAUUUGAACCCAUAUUUUGAUGUUUUUUUUUUGUUUUUAUGCCAAUGCUAUUUGCACAUUCGUGAGCAGAACCAUGAUGUCAUCCAAUGCACAGAAUCUCAAUUUUGCACUCAUUUGUACACAGAAAAUGUCUAGAUUAUUUUUAACCACUGCUAUGGCAUACAGCCUAAUAAAAGCAACUGCGCAA